GUGGGAAAACUCAAAAAAGUAAACCGGACCAGAUCACGAAACGAAAAGCCUGCGAUAUGCUCAUGAGUAUCGGCAACGAAUCCGGACCUUUGAGUAUAAUAUGCGGAGGUGGAGUGUGAAGGCUGCAAUUAUAGUUAUGGAAAACUGGAGACGUCAAGGUGCACCUUGCCGUUUUUUCGUCCCGCUCCCGAUGACUUACACGCUUACAAUUAGACCAUAUAGUAGGUCGAGCAUAAAAAGGAUGGUGUCCAAUAUUGUUACACUGACUCCGAUGCGGCGUCGUUGUUUAUUCAUCCUGCUGGUCGUACUGGUACCCUGUUCUAUAUUGAACCUCAUGUCGUCACCCGAAAUGCACGAGGAAACCUCGCUGCAAAACAGCAUCGCCGAGCUCCAGGCCAAGUUGCAGCACCUCAAUGCGAAGUACAUGAGCAGCCAGGAGGAGGUCAACAUGUUGUCGCACCACCUGUCUCAGCUCCUGGAGAAUAGCCAUAGUUUUCCCGACCUUCAGUUCCUCAUGAACAACUCCUCCUCCAAUAACACGGGCAUCAAGUUGCCGUCUAUAUAUAAUUUCUUGCCCCAUUUAUUGGACGACGCGAACAGUCUACGGCUUGCAUUCUUCCAAGGAAAAGGUCGAUCGGGUACCGGCAUGGUUCUCGGCGUACCAACUGUCAAAAGGGAGGUUCAAAGUUACCUGCUCGCUACUUUGAAGAACUUGAUCGAUUCCAUGACCGACGAAGAGGCGGCUGAUACCGUUAUCGUUGUAUUCGUAGCUGAGACCGAUUUGGAGUAUGUUUCCUACGUCGCUAAGCAAAUAGAAGUCCAAUUUCCCGAGGAGUGCGAUGUCGGAUUGAUAGAGGUGAUAUCGCCGUCUGUUUACUACUACCCGGACAUGAGCAAGCUUCGCGACACCUUGGGCGAUGCUCAUCAACGUGUUGUGUGGAGAUCGAAACAAAAUUUCGACUUUGCCUUUCUUAUGUCGUACGCUCGUACCAAAGGAACGUUUUACGUUCAACUCGAAGAUGAUAUACUGGCAAAGAAGAACUUUAUAACUACGAUGAAAUCUUACGCCUUACACAAAAUUAGUCUGAAGGAAGAAUGGUUUAUUCUCGAUUUUUGUCAGCUCGGUUUCAUUGGUAAAAUGUUCAAAUGCGUUGAUUUACCAUGGCUGGUCCAGUUCAUACUGAUGUUUCACAACGACAAGCCCGUCGAUUGGUUACUGGACGAUCUGGUCUCCACCAAAGUUUGCAGCUUAGACAAAGACAGCAAACAUUGUAAAAUGGCUAAAGCCGAGCUUUGGGUACACUACAAACCCUCGCUUUUUCAACACAUUGGCAUGCACUCUUCGUUGAAGGGUAAAGUUCAAAAACUAAAGGACAAUCAGUUCGGCAAAUUGACAUUAUUUUAUGGUCACUUGAAUCCCGAUGCAACGGUGGAAACUCAAAUAAAAUCUUACAAGCAAUACACGUUGCAGAAAGCGUACAAAGGCGAGUCAUUUUUUUGGGGUCUCUUGCCACAGCCGGGAGAUCACUUGCGAUUCAAGUUCACCAGCCCAAUUUUUAUUAAAAAGUACCUGUUUCGUAGUGGCAACGCGGAGCAUCCGUCGGAUAGAUUUUACAACACUACAGUUGAAGUCCUUCCCAUGGAUUCUGCAUCGGUCAAUAGAAAUUCUAACAACGUCACUGAGGAUGGUUACGUUGUGAUAGGCAAAUUCGACCCGCUUGGGGUGGCUGAAGGGACAGUGGAAAGCGGUUUGGGCAAGAUAGCGGCACUUCGACUUACGGUUCAUAGCGAAAGUGACAAUUGGGCUAUUCUUUCCGAGAUACACAUUAUCGAAAGCCAGCCAAGCUGACACUCGGAGACGAGGAGGUCUCGAAGAUUUUUUCGUUACUGAACACAUUUACCGAUAAGAUAUGCAGAAAUACGGAUGCGUCCUCGCGUAUAGCGUCCUAUAGCUAUGUGUAUAAUUUAUUUACAUGUCGAGUAUUAUAAUAUUUCAUAUCGCA